AGUUUCCAUUAACUAUAAGUCCUUAAAGUAUAAGCACAGAUUUUUCCCAAGACGGGUCAGUAUAUACAUAUACAUUCUACAAAAUGUCAAGACCUAGAAACGAAUCCAAGUUUCGCUUGUUCAUGCAAGAGAACUCGCUUACAUUGUUCACAGUCACCGGUGUGUUCAUUGGAGGUUUAAUUGGCUUUAUCAUUAAAAAUAGCACAGGACCCUGGACAAAACGAGAAAUUAUGUAUAUAUCGUUUCCAGGAGAACUUUUCUUGCGUAUGCUAAAAUGUUUAAUUGUACCUUUAUUGGUUUCGUCCAUCACAAGUGCGAUAGGUGGUCUUGAUCUGAGCAUGUCAAGUAAAAUUGCUUCGAGAUCAAUUAUUUAUUAUCUACUCACAACAAUAUCAGCUGUGAUUUUGGGUAUUUGCUUGGUCACCACAAUUAAGCCUGGCCAAGGCGCCAAAAUUGAGGCGACACACAUUGAGUCUGUAGAUAAAGCCUCCAAAGUAUUAACUCCAGACACGCUAAUGGAUUUAGUGAGAAACAUGUUCACAGACAAUAUUAUACAGUCGACAAUGUUUCAGUGCAACGAGCAAAAUGCCGAGCAAGUCUGCCGGGACUUUGAACAUGCAAAUUUAAUGACAAUUUGAUAAGUGCAUCCGUUGAAUCAUCUUCCAUGCCAUAAACCCAACAAUCCGCAAAUAUACAUAUGUGUGUAC